AUGCAGUUUUCUGUCUUCUCUACUGGCUUCCUUGUUGCCAUUAUUGCCAACACUGCUUUUGCAGCACCCCCCAACCUAAAGACCAGGGCAAAAGGAAGCGGUUCAUGCUAUGCAGGCGUUGAUUGCUGCUACAGCAGUUCAACCGCGUGUUAUCGACAGAACAUCUGGCCUGCCGGUUAUAUCAAUUGCAAUGUCAAUGGGGCAUCAACAUGGUGCUCUGACGUAGGAAUCACAAAGGCCCAAUGUGAUGCCGAUUGCUGCUCCGUUUCCACUGGGUACGGUCGCAGCUGCCCUGCCUAA